CGUGCCGGGCGGCGGGGCCGUACUCCGGCCGGGCCGCGGCAGCCGCGGCGCAGCGGUGGCGGCUCCUGGCUCCAGGGUUAUGCGCUGGGGCGAUGUUUCUGCCGGCUGGCGCCAGGCUCCUCCCGCGCUCCGGACGGAGCUCCUUCCUCAGCCUCCUGCUGCUGCUACUGCUGCUGUGUCCCGGCGGCGGGAGCGCGCUGCGCCGCCGGCCCGCGGGGCCGCCCGUGGUGCUGGUUCCAGGGGACUUAGGUAAUCAGUUGGAAGCAAAGUUAGAUAAGCCAUCAGUGGUUCACUAUCUCUGCUCUAAGAAGACAGACAGUUAUUUUACACUCUGGCUGAAUCUAGAAUUGCUUCUGCCUGUCAUCAUUGACUGCUGGAUUGAUAAUAUCAGGCUGGUAUAUAAUCGAACAAGUAAGGUUACAGAACCACCAGAUGGCGUGGAUAUCAGAGUACCAGGAUUUGGGCAGACGUUCUCCUUGGAAUUUCUUGACCCAAGUAAAAGGAGCGUUGGAAGUUACUUUUAUAUGUUGGUGCAGAGUUUAGUAGAUUGGGGCUACAAACGUGACGAAGAUGUAAGAGGAGCACCUUAUGACUGGAGAAAGGCACCAAAUGAGAAUGAAGACUAUUUUGUGGCACUUCGCAAGAUGAUAGAGUUACUGUAUGAGCGAUAUGGAAGCCCUGUUGUCCUAAUUGCCCACAGUAUGGGUAACAUGUACACCCUCUACUUCCUCAACCGACAGCCCCAGGAUUGGAAAGACAAGUACAUCAAGGAUUAUGUGUCAUUAGGAGCUCCAUGGGGAGGAGUGGCUAAAACUCUCCGUGUGCUGGCUUCAGGUGACAACAACAGAAUCCCUGUUAUCAGUUCACUCAAGAUCAGAGACCAGCAGAGAUCAGCAGUUUCCACGAAUUGGAUGCUCCCCUACAACUACACGUGGCCCCCAGACAAGGUCUUUGUAAGCACACCCACAGCUAACUACACUCUGAGGGAUUACUGGAAGUUCUACAGGGACAUUAACUUUGAGGAUGGAUGGCUCAUGAGGCAGGACACGGAGCACCUGGUGUACCAGAUGACACCGCCCGGGGUGCGCAUCCAUUGCCUGUAUGGCACUGGUGUGGAAACCCCCGAUUCUUUCCAUUAUGAAAGCUUUCCUGACAAAGAACCCAAGAUUUUCUACAGUGAUGGGGAUGGUACAGUGAACUUACAGAGUGCCUUGCAAUGUAAAAAGUGGGUGGACAAGCAAAAACAGCAAGUGGUGAUGUUUGAGCUUUCAGGAAAUGAGCAUAUUGAAAUGCUGUCCAAUGAUACUACUAUCUCCUAUGUGAAAAAGCUGCUCUUUGAUUUCUGAUAACCUUGUGUUGACAGUCAUUUUCCUCAACUGUGAUGCCUUCCCUUAAAUAUGGGGAAAUGCCUUUUAAUCCCUUGAUAUUUAGAUAUUUGAAUUAUUUAUUUUGCUUUUUUAAAAGGUUGCAUUCAAGUUGCUUGGUGUCCUAAAUGAUCGUUUGUCUCUGAUUUGUGUUUAUGAUGCUUCAUGGUAUUUUCACAUUCUGCAAAUUUCGUCAAAUACACGUUUUGGUGCCUUUGGUGUUGUGUCCAAUGGUCACACAGACUUUCCUUCGGAGAUUGUGCAGCCCCUUGCACAUACCACAUGGAGUCAUAGAUCCCAGAGCUACUUUGUGUGGUCUUUGCAGGUUUGGAGUGGGAAGGCUAGGAAGGAUGGCAAUUUUGGAUGGCCAAGGGAAUGGUAUUAACAAUUUGGGAAACACAGUAAGCUUUUUAAAGGGUCUUGCGUAUUCUGAUCCACAGUUCCCAGUGGAUUCGUUUGUAAAUGUGCGUAUCUACUAGGUAAGAUACGGAAGAGGUCUGCCUGGAACUGUGCUACCAUUGUUGUAAUCCAGACUUUUUUUUAUUACAGCCUGGGAGAAGAAAAGCUAGAUGUGUGAAUUACUUGAAGCUUCUUUAUUAGGUACCCUACUGGGUUAUUUUAGAAUGAAGAAAUUGUUUGCUCAUCAACUUCUAGAAUCCCUGAUUGCGUACAGUCUGGAGUCUGAGGAAAUCUCAGCCUGUGCUUUAUUUAUCAGUGAGGGAAUGAAGCUAAACUGUGGUUGGUGCUUGUAAUAACUGUAGCAGUGUGGAGUAGCACAUAAAUCAGAGGUAAUUGAAUACUGUCAAACAAUCUAUAUAGUGUGGAAUUGCAUUUCUGGGUGAAAAACAACCUUCUGCAGUGGAAAUGAUAAUGGAUGGUGGGCAGUAUUUUAAAAAAAAAGUAAACUUCUGAAAUGGGGUGGGGAAUGGAAGCCAGCAUAAUGUUAUAUGGAGUGUAAACCUUGUUCUCAGUCAAAUACUUUGGCUCUGAUCCUGUUACCUAAGCAGUGAUUAGAUCAACAUUGCUCCACUGAAAAUAAAUGUUUUAAGACUAAAAGUAAUUGCCCAUAGAUUACAAGUUUCAUUUUUGCUGUUUCAAGAAGUUGGGAUAAGUGGUUCCGUAAAUGUUGCUAUAAAUUGCUGAACAUACAAUUCUGUAAUUUCCUGCAGUAUUGUUUUACUCAAUGUUAAAAUAGAAUAAUUUCAACUCUGACCUCCACAGAAGUGGUGGCCUAAAGGCCAUCAUAUUUACCACCGUGAUUACAGAAGUCCUGUUGUAGAUAUAGUUCUACUCAAAAAUUCUCACUUGCUUCCUUUAAAACCGGCCACCCGGUUAGACUGCACUUAGUUUUCUGAAAACACAGUUUUGAAUGCUUUCAAAAUGCUAGGUUCUCCAAGAAAAAUGUUUUAAGAGUUUUGGAAACUCAUCAAAAUAUUAAGGAUUCAUUACUUAAGAAACUGAAUUUGUCUAAAGGGUAAAAUUUUAACUAUUUUGGUAGCAUGCCUAAAAUGUUUUCUGCCAUUGGACAUAUCAGUAACAUGUGUUGAACUGAUGAGCUUGAACUCUUGCUAUUGUAGAAUGGAACCAGGAGGUAGUUUUAAGGCUUUAAGUUUUAAUUCAGAAAUCUCUUGUUAGUUCAAACCAGCUUGAGCUAGGGUCAUCAACAAGCUAAGUAUCUUCCUAGGUUUUAACUUCCUUGGGUAGCUUUAUUUCUCCCUCUGCAUUUUUUCCUAGUACUUAUGUUGAGGGAGCGUAGACAUUUUCCUGAUUUUUAAAAUGGAUCAUUAAUCUUGUCCUCACUUGCCCAGGAGCCUACAGUUCAGCAGCAAUAUUGCCUAGACUUUUCCAGAGUAAGUACUGAGUUGCCCACAGUCUUUAUUAUGUGUAACUGUUGAAAUG